AUGAUACGACUCAUCAUGAUUUCUGUCCUCAUCGCCAUGGUUUCAACGGCCUUUGCGAUUGAAGAGACUUACGAUGACAAUUCGGCUGUUGUAACAGAAAAGGUUGAGACUCAUAAAUGCAAGGCGAAUGAGGUAUGGAUGGAAUGUGGAACAUGUGAGAAUAAAUGCGGUGAACCGCGAGUGCCAUGUCCUCGAAUGUGCAAACCACCUCAAUGCCUAUGUCCUACACAUAAAGGAUUUCGAAGAAAUAAUAAUGGUGAUUGUGUUCAGUGUGAUUGA